AUGGAGUUUCACGAUGCCCAGAAAUUCGUGGCCAGGUCGAUCGACGAGAUCACCAACCGUUUCCAGAAAGUACCUGGGUCAGCAAUGCUGAUCCGGUACAUUCAAUCCAGCUAUCAAGACGACCCAGUCCGCUCCGCCAUUGAACUGAUCUUAGUGAUCUUUUUCAUUCGAUAUCUGCUUGCGCCAUCCUACGCGACACAUACUGGCAACUUUGUAACCUUGACGGAAGAGGAAAUCGACGACCUCGUGGAUGAAUGGACUCCUGAGCCUCUGGUUGCGCCUCAAACGGCAUUCGAAAAGGAAGAAGCAGAAAAGCUACCAGUUAUUGUCGGACCCUCAGGUCCAAAGACCAGACUCUCCAACGGCCGAACCGUUACAAACCUCGCAUCUUAUAACUUCUACAAUUUCGUCGGAAAUGAGCAGGUCAAAGAGAAAGCUAUUCAGACUCUCCGAACAUAUGGUGUUGGACCCUGCGGCCCUCCUCAAUUCUACGGCACUCAAGAUGUACACAUGAAGACGGAGGCAGACAUUGCUUCUUGUUUAGGGACGGAAGGAUGUAUCGUCUACGCCCAAGCCUUCUCUACGAUUUCUAGUGUCAUUCCCGCUUUCUGCAAAAGAGGCGAUGUCAUCGUGGCCGAUCGGGCUGUCAAUUAUGCUAUUCGCAAAGGUCUUCAGAUCUGCAGGAGUACGAUUCGAUAUUAUGAACACAAUGAUAUGGAGGAUUUGGAACGAGUGCUGCAGAAGGUAGUCAAGGAUCAAGCGAAGAAGCCUUUGACUAGGAGAUUUAUUGUUACUGAAGGGUUGUUCGAGACGGUUGGGGACUGUGUGGAUCUGCCAAAAUUGGUUGAACUAAAACAAAGAUACAAAUUCCGUCUCAUGCUCGAUGAGACAUGGUCAUUCGGAGUUCUUGGCAGAACCGGUCGUGGACUUACCGAAGCUCAAAACGUAGAUGCCUCUCAAGUGGACAUGCUGGUCGGGUCGCUUGCAGGACCUCUCUGCGCAGGUGGUGGUUUCUGUGCUGGAUCAGUUGAUGUCGUAGCACACCAGCGUAUUACUGCUGCGUCCUAUACAUAUUCUGCAGCUUUACCAGCGAUGCUUGCUACAACCGCUAGCGAAACACUCAACAUGCUCCAGUCGAAUCCAGAAGUUUUAGUCCAAUGUCGGGACAACAUCAAGGCAAUGAGGGCGCAACUUGACCCCAGAAGUGAUUGGGUCAGAUGUACAAGUGCGAUUGAUAAUCCUGUCAUGCUAUUGGUUCUUAAGCCUGACGUGGUCAACUCGAGACGUCUUUCUAUUAUGGAACAGGAGCGUUUAUUACAGGAGUGUGUGGACGAGACUCUCGCCAAUGGCGUCUUGAUCACUCGACUCAAGUCUAUGCCAGUUGCGCCAGGUGCCAAUGGCAAAGACGUAGGUUGGAAACUUCAACCUGCGCUCAAGGUCUGUGUCACGACCGGUCUUUCAAAGAAAGAGAUUGAGAAGGCUGGUAUCACAAUCCGUCACGCUAUCACCAAGGUCUUGACACGCAAGACAAGCAGUAAGCUAGGGCUACCAUCAGUAGGCUGA